AUGGACAUCGCCAUCCACCACCCCUGGAUGCGGCGGCCCCUGGGCUUCCCUUCGGCCUUCCCGUCGCUCUUCCCGCCGCGUCUUUUCGACCAGAGGUUCGGCGAAGGGCUCUUCGAGAGCGACCUGUUCCCGGCCACGCUCAGCCCCUAUUACAUGCGCACGCCCAGCCUGCAGAUGCCUGCGAUGCCGCAGAUGCCGCAAAUGCCGGACACCGGGCUUUCGGAGGUGAAGAUGGACAAAGACAAGUUCUCUGUGUUGUUGGACGUGAAGCAUUUUUCACCUGAAGAGAUGAGCGUGAAGGUGAUUGGGGACUACAUCGAGGUUCAUGCCAAGCAUGAGGAACGGCCGGAUGAGCACGGCUACAUCUCCCGGGAGUUUCACCGCCGCUACAUGAUCCCCAAAGGUGUUGAUCCGGCAGCCAUCACCUCGGCCCUGUCUCCUGACGGGGUGCUAUCCAUCACGGCACCGACUACCCAGGCUCUUCCCGGAGUGGAGCGCAGCAUCCCCAUCAGCCGCCAGGAAAAGCCUGCCGUCGCCGGAAAGUAAUAGGGUAGCAGCCUAGCUUGGCUUUUUGCUCUCUGUUUUUACCGGAAGCCAGCAAGCAUCUCAGGCCUGCUCUCCCCUCGCUAGUAGCUGCAAGGGCUGCUCACUCUUCACAGAAGUGACAUUCCCCUCUGCCCGCUCCCUGCUGAGGUUCUGGCAGCAGAGACUAUAUAUUGCCUCUAGGGUGGUGAUCCUUUAGUGCAAUUUCCCUACACUCCAGUAGGACCUUCCUGGAGUAGAGAUUGGGCCCUUUCUUCUUCUGGCUAGGAGUACCCUACUGUUGCAGGCUUACUCUGUGCACCACUGUUUAUGCCAGACUCCUUGCUUUGUAUAAAAACAGAUGCCACUUGGGUACAUGUACUUGCUUAAAAAACAGAUGUCACAUUGAUACUUGCUAAUAAACGUGGUGUUUCUGCCUUC